ACAAAAGCUGUACUUUGACGUCUUAAAAAUUGUCAGCAAUAUCAAUUAAAUAGCUAGUUUUAGUCAGAUUUGUUAAAAUACUUUUCAUUUAAAAAAAUAACCUUAUUGUAAUAACCAAUCAUAUCUGUUUUGAAAUACCGUUGCAAGGCUAACAAUCGAUGUGAAACAACGCAUUUGAUUGGUUAGUUUGCAAUUACGGUAACGCGGUCUUCUGCUAGCUUUGUGUAUUUUGCAUGCUGCUUUCGAUGGCGGCUGCUUUGUACUUAACUUGUGCACAAAACUAUUUGAAAUGUGGGUACUUUGUCUGACCGACUUUGACGGCGCGUUAUCAUUAGAAUGUAACUGUAAAACCGGUAUUUAGUUUAUUUAUCAGGGAGGCGAGGAUCAACUAUAGUUUUACAGGAACGACGGCUCAGUUGAGGCAGCCAUUGAGGUAGGCAGAUUACGAUAUCAGUGACAGUUUUCUUGUGGCUAGCUUCCUACUCUGUCAGAGCUGCUGUGCCAGUAUGGCAACACCUACAGCCCCCAGCUACCAACCGUGGGGAACAUUGCCAGUGUCUCAGACAUGCUUUCAGAUUUACGGCACCAAGCGUAAGGCAUGUAAGGCCACACACAACGAUUGCAGUAACACUAAUGAACAGAUCUCAGCAUCUGUAAAGAGGCAUUGUCUCCACCCAGUCACUCGUAACCGACUCCCAGAGGAAAAGUCAGAGCCCUUUCCACAGCCUGUCACUUAUCCUGCAUCAUCAUCCCUAUGGCAACAAGAUAUGGCAUCAUCACCUCGCCACAGCAUGCAGGAGCACUUUCAAACAGCAUUCCGACAGCCAACAUCAAUGCAAGCGACGGACAUUGUGCAAUCUGAGUGCACAUCACCACAAAGUCAGGGUUUUUACAGUAACGGUGUGCAUUCUGUUCAAUCGCCUGCUGACACGACAACAUCAGGCAGUGGUUUGAAUAUUGGCAAUGACCAAUCAGGAGGCAGCAAAUCACACAGCUGGCAACACAAGGAAAACAACCAAAGAUUGUUUGAGCAACGAAACCAAAACAGAAUAGAAAUGCUUGAGGAUUUGGAGUUUGAAAGUAACGAUUACUGGGAUGUUCCCUACGACCACCAUCUCUUGAAAAUGGCCGACGAGGUUGAACAGGCACGUAUCGCCAUGGAAACAGAGGACAGUUUGCCUCAACAUCAACCCAGUGGUCUACCAACAUCAGACUCUACAUUGAUUCCAGCAUCAGUUCCAUUGCAGAUACACAACGCAGGGAACCACAUCAGGUGCUACUGUAAGCCAAGCUGGGAGGGGCUACUUGAGCCAGUCAGUUACAUAUGACUGGAGUCUAUGGGAAGUGCCUGCAGCCGCUACCAUAGACACGUUUGUAAUUUCAAGCCAUAGCCAAGUAAAUGAAGCCAAGCUGGGAGGGGCUACUUGAACCAGCCAGUUAUAUAUGACUCGUGUCUAUGGGAAGUGCCUGCAGCCGCUACCAUAGACACUUUUGUAAUUUCAAGCCGUAGCCAAGUAAAUGAAGCCAAGCUGGGAAGGGCUACUUGAGCCAGUCAGUUACAUAUGACUCGAGUCUAUGGCAAGUGGCUGCAGCCGCUACCAUAGAAUCGUGUGUAAUUUUAAGCCGUAGCCAAGUAAAUGAAGCCAAGCUGGGAAGGGCUACUUGAACCAGCCAGUUACUCUUGGAAUCCAGCUUGACGCAGCUGGCCACUCCUUGGAUUUUUCCCAAGAUCUUGGGAAUUUUGUCUUAGCCUUGGGACUUUGUGCAUAUUGACAACGCAUGAAAGUAUGAAGUGCGCAUACGCAAAAUGUUGAUUAUGUGCCCCAUUCACAUAAAAUCAGGGUCUGUGCUGCUAUUUUGAUACAUAAUUCUGAUAUCUUGGGAGAUUUUGGGAAACACAUAUAAAGUUAGCUGUUUGUAUAUCUCUUGACAAGCCGAAAGUUUGCAAGUAUCAACAUUUAAAUUUAUAAGCAAAAAGACACAAAGGUGUUUGUGACUGCCAUUGCAAUUUCGCCCUCUCUUUGCCAACCCAUUUCACAAACAUUCCUGAACUUUUGUUUAUUGAUUCAAUAAUCCCAUUAUUAAGUACUGGCAGUGAACUGAAUAUUUUUAUCUUAUAGGUAUAAUUUACACUACAUGUACUCACUGUACAAACAUUGUACAUGUAUUUCAUUGUGGUGCAAUUAAAUUUUAUAACUUUUGCUGUUCAAAAGUGCCUUGGAUAUGAGUUAUUUAUAAAGAAUGCCUUUAUCAAUUUUGUAUUUCCCUGCCGCUUCACAAAACGUAUGGCAAUUUUAACUUUUUCCUAAAAUAAGAAAAUGCCAAAACACCUUGCUGUACAAGCUUUUUGCAUGUAACUGAUUUCUUUUCAGCUAUCAUGGUUAAAGGUAAAGUAGAUCAUUUGUCAUUUGUUUUGUUUGAAGCAACAACAGUGUUCAAAAUCUAAAGACUUGUGCUUAACAACUAACCUGAUGAAGUUUUAGCUCUGUGAAUGCUCACCUGUAUAUUCCGAGAAAACGUAUUCUAAGAUCUCGGUUUCAAUUCAAAAGUUGCAGUCAUAUUUUGAAUUGCGCCCAAAAUCAGCGUCUGGGACACAGAUUUUAUUCAGCCGAUUGCAGCUGUACGAUGUCACACACUGAACCGACGAAUAAUAGCAACCGCAGAUCUAUGCGCGUGUGUCGUGACAAUGCUUGUGUGUGCCCAUUCACGGGUUAGGCCAAUUAACUACUAAAAGAAAGUCCCCAAAAAUGCCUCGCUUGACUCAUCUUUGGAAAUGACCUUCUUUCAUUGUUGUCUUCAAAAUAACAGCAUGCCAGAAAGAAUCAUUUCACAGGAAGUUUAGUGCCAUUACCAUCUUUAAACAAGUAAACUUUUUAACAAUAGUUGGUAAGUAACUUUUUGGAUAGAUACAAAUGAUCUACUCUAACUUUAAGAUAUAUACAGUCUGUUAGUUUGAAUUAUGGUGUUUGUCUUACCAUAGAGAAAGGAAUAAUGCCAGUUGCUUAGACAAUCGCAGCAGAUUGCAUAGUUUUGUGUGAUCAGAAAGAAAUUUUACUUUAACUUCCAUUCAUUCAUUAGUAAAUAACUUAUUCCUAGUAGCAUAUGGUUAUUUUAUAUUUAGUGCAGUAAUUUCUGAAGAUAGGUUAGUUAUUAAAAUGGAUGGAAUGUAAGUAUAAUUAGAAAAAAAGCAGUCUUUGCUUGUGAUUAAACGUAAAUUAAAACUACCAAAAUUAGUUUGUAUUUGGAGCGCUUGUGGUCCAGUGGUUAUGUUGUUUGACUCACGUGCUGUGGUACCUAGGUACGAACCCUUACAGGGAACAUGGUGCUUGUGUUCUUGGGCAGGACACUUUACUACAAUUGCCUCUCUCCACCCAGGAGUAUAAAUGGGUACAUUGUACCUGUAAAGGUAGAAACCAGAAUGCGCUGAUCUCGAGCUGCUGCAAAAAAAACUGGUCUCAUGGCCUGAUGAACAGAGAUAACUGUCAAAGCACUUUCAGACCUUUGGUAUAAAGCGUUACGUAAGCACCGCAUUAUUAUUUAUUUAGUUUUUUCAUACAUGUACCUCGGCUUUCAGUGUCAACUUUCAGAGUGUGUGUAUUUUUUAUACAUGUAUUUAAAGCUUAGUUCGUGAGGUUUUUAUUUGUAUAUUGGAAUAGUCGUGAGACAGUGCAUCUGGGUUUUUUUUUUUUAAGAAAACCGUUCAAAAGGUUGAAAUAAAAUUAAGAUUAGAAGUAAAA